GUUAAAAUUUCAUUACCAUAGUAAAAGAAAAUUCAAAGUUUCCGCACAACAAAAAUAUUCAACGAGAAUGGGCGAAGCUGCUGCCCUGUGGUGUCUGCUGCUAGCGCUUUGUGUGACGAUACAGCUCAAUGGUGCGCGAGCUCAAUCGAAUUAUGUGCAACAAGGCGACAGCGGCAACUACACAACAAACGGCUUGCCCGAGGAGGCAACACUGGAUGGAAAGGUCACAAAACUGGAUGAUAUUAGUCCGCUGAUAUUUUUGAAUCGCACAAAAGCAGCAUUAAAUUGUGCGGCCGGUUCAAUGCAGGUGGAUAUGAAAUUUAAUGAACCUUUCCAUGGCAUCAUACAAGCCGAUUAUGAUCGUAGUAGCGCAUGUCGCGUCAGCGGCAAGGGGGCACUUAGUUAUAGAUUGGAGUUGCCACUCAAAGGAUGUGGCACUAUACAGAAUCCUACACGCGUAUUCACCAACAAUAUUAUCGUACGCUUCCACGCCAAUCUGGAAAUGGAUGGCGAUGAGAUUAUUACGAUCGUUUGUCGUUAUCCACCGCCCAUACCAUCACUGCCGCCAGCUUUACCGGCGCCUAUCUUAAAUCCCAUUGCCACUGGCUCAGUGCUGCAGCCUCCACUUAAAGGUAUACAGUUACUUCUCAUCAUUUGCGCCAUCAUGUUCCUGACAUUACUCUUACUUGGUUUGGCUGUUUCAUACUAUUGUCUGCGCAGCCGCCCAAUACCGGUCGUCCGCCGUCUUCCAAUGUCCAUGGGAAGUGGUUCGGAAAUCACCAAGCUUAGCGGCAGUAGCAUGGGUAAUAUAAGCGCCUUUGAAGGCGUUAAAAUACCACGCGCUAUUGUGCCCAUAGCGGCUGUGCAUAGCUCCUCGGGUAGCGAGGGUGCGCUCAUACCUUCCGACUACCCCAGCGAAUCACAUUCCGAAAUCGAAGAAAUCGAUACGAGAUCACUGCCUUUUAGCUCCGCAGGUAGCUUUGAAAAUCGUGCAUUUGUUCAAGAGACUUCAAGCAUUUAUAGCGAUAACUAUGGCCAUACUCAGGAGGUGCAGGCUGCCAAUGCACUGGCCACCUCAGUGCCUCGUCACCCAAUUGCCGUCAAGGAGUCCUCUUCACCCAAGUUCGACGUGCAAGUGCGUGUCAAGAAGUCACCGCCACCACCUCCGUCGCCUGUUACCUCGGACACCGAAAGUGUCGCCACACUCCGCCCAGAUCGCAACAAUCUUUCGACUAUUAUGGCACAUGAAGACCGUGAAAGUAUUAUGACAAUGGAUUCACUGCCAGCACAAGAGACUGUACACAGUCAGUUCACUUAUGUUCCUGAAUUGCAUGCGGCACCGAAGCACACCGUGGAAGUGCCACCACCACCACCAGAACCCGUGUUCUCUGUUUAUGCACGCACACAUCACGAAAUGGUCGACGGCCGUCCGGAGACUUGGUCAGACUUUACGGAUGCACCUACAGUCAGUGAGGUAACGGAUAUGACUUCCGAGGCACCUGAUAUACACUCGGUUGGUGAAAUGGUCGAUAGCACGCACUUCUUCGAAGCUGAGUACCUGCCACGUGAACCGCCGAUUGUGGUGAAAAAGCCACAGGUCACAUCGCACACUGUGGACGACGUGUAUUUGCGCACCAUUACGGAAAAGAAAACGAUUGAAGAUAUUGAGAGCCAUAAGCGUCGUGUCACCGAAUACAAGGCGAAGCCGAAACCAUUGCCACCACCAAUUCCAGAUCCAACCUGGGAUGUUAAGAUACGUAAUUAUCCGACCGAACGCGAGCAGCAACGGUGGGAGAACUUCUCGGAUAUUUCAAGCGCAUCCGGCAUGACGCUAACGCCAAAGAUGGAGCGCUCUGAACUAAGCUUGCCAAUUGUGCCCCAAGAGCCGCCACAACAAAUCUAUGACAACAAAGAAAAGCUGACCAGUCCGCAGCUAGUGGGCAAUAUGAAACCGAUUGAAAUGCCCCCAGAAGAUAAGGCGGUGCCCAACUGGGAUGUGCUGAUACGUAUCUUGGAAGAGCCAGAGUUCUCCGAGGCUGAUGACGCCAGUUCGGUGCAUUCCAGCGUACACCCGCUCACACGCUACAUCAGCUAUGACGAUAAGGCCAAAUGGAAAGAUAUAAUCACAACCGAAUCGUCAUUGCGUACUAUGCUCACGGCGGCAGUUGUGCGCGAAGACUUCGAACGUAUUCGUCAAGACACACGCUACGAGCGCAUCUUUGAACCACAAACCUGGGAUGUUAUCAUCCGUAUAUUGGCGCCACCUGUCGAUGACGAGGAUGUGGAAAUGCGCGCACCCAAACGCACAAAGAAGACACAACCGUGGGAUACCCGCUCGCGUCGCAGCUCUUUGCCAACUUUGUAUGAAUAUGACAGCGAUGGCGGUUCUUCUGUGCGCACUAUACGCCAAGAUCCCAGCAUGCCAUUACGUGAUAAUAGUUUCAAUAUACAACGUUCACGUCGUUCGUCACGUACAUCGUAUCAUACCGAUCAAAAUGAUUUACGUUCAAUGUCCGAGGUAACGGUAGACUUUGGGCGACCCGAUCACUUGGAUAAUGUUUCGGAUGCGAGCUCAUUCUAUCCAACGCAGUACUACGAUGAUGAGGAUAGACGCUCGUUCCAUCGUUCGGUUAGUCAUCCGUCACUAGCACGAUCGGCUAGUGAAUUCACCGAGCACUGGGCAGCACCAGGUGAGCUUUCAUCGCCGGAAGCUACGCCGAAAUCACGUCGUUCGCAGCGUUUGACAACAUUCCAGCCGCGUAUACCGGCGCCCCCGCCACCACCGCGCUCCGGCCAAAUUGUAGCGCAAACACAAAGCCAAUACGUAGAGACACGUCGCAGUACAACAUUCCACACCGAGAACGAGGCUACGCGUUCACGUGACUGGUAAACGUGACGAUAAAUUUAACCAAGCAGAUGUGUCAACGCUCUCGAACAUGCUGUGUCCGGGCUGCAUGCGUUUUUACGUGCAUAUGUACAUAUGUACGUACGUAGGUAGGUUCGCUUCUAUCCGAAAGGAGAGAGAGAGAGCAGCAGGGUGGAAUACUAACAAAUAAUGCUUCCCGAAAAAGUCAUUGCCAAUCACUACAAAGUGCAGAUUUAUUUAUGUAUGUACAUAUAUAACAACUACAAUUACAAUAAAAUAUAAAAACAUUCAUAUGAACGGAUGUAAAAGAGACGUUGUACAUACGUAUUACAUACAUAAAUAAAAAUAACUUACAUACAUACAUAUGUAGGUAUACAUAUAAGCAGAUAUAAUGGCCCUUACAUUUAUAUAUAUAUACAUAUAUAUACUUAUGGAAUAGCAUAAAUAACACAAGUGCCAAUUUAAAUAAUCCUGCAUACGCUACGUACUUAAAUAAAUAAAAAAUUAAAAUAAUAUUGCCACAAAACGGCAAGCUUACAUACAUACAUACAUAUACUCAUAAAGUUAAUGAAAUUGUGUAAAAAAUUAUACAUAUUUACGCAAUUAAAAUGGAAUUGUGAAAGUACUUUAAAUUAAGUCAAACCGCACUAAGCCGUAGUAUUUAAGUAAAAGCGAAACUGAAUGCGUAAGUGCAAUUUUAUUCAAAUUCAAGGCUCGAUGAAAAUUCGCCCUGAAUCGCGAAAUCCGUCCAUCAUAAUUUUUAAGCACAUUUUGAAGAGCUACUUGUGCACGCAUUAUUGACUCUAAUGGCUAUAGUCAUAACAAAUUACAAGGAGGGCACAAAGUCAACCACCCAUAAGAAUCCACUUAUGUAUGUACAUACAUAUCAUAAUAACUAUAAAACUGCCAUUCCAGUCACAUGCCGUUAGACUUGCUAUUGUACUUAUGCACACUCCCCUGAAAAGGGUCUUUACAAUACUGCACUGUAUGUGUGUGUGUGUGUGCGCGCAAAUUAGCCACAUAUAAAACUUUUCACUUAGCACAUAAAAUAUCCAGGCGAACCCAAAAGGACUAACCGCAGAACUGUUUGGAAAUAGGCAGAUCUGACACACCCGCAUACGCCACGGUGACCCAGACGGCGAGCAACUUGCAAGCAUUUGCUACUUAUAUGGGGGUUGGGGAGAACUUUAGCACUUCAAUUUGCAUUGGUUAAUUUAACAGAAGUGUACAGCAGACAAAAUUGUUUUUUUUUUUCGUUUUUGUUUUUGUUUUUGUUCAAAAUCAGCCUAGCGACAAAAGA